AUGUCCGGAGGUAACAUCGAUGACUUAUUUAACGUGUUUGAGGAAAAUGACAUAGUAGAUAAUAUUUCCACAAAAGAUGAGGAGGGUGGUGAAAGGGGAAGUGGCGGAGUCCAGGCGGAUAACCAUCGCCAUGACGAAGUGAAUGAAGAGACACUCGGUAGGAUCCGUACUGAGAAGGGUGCAGUGGGAGGAGAGAGGCACUGUGGUGGGGAAAACGAAAGGGGUACCCACCCCGGUGAGGGUGAUGCAGGGGGAGGCGGACAAGGAGACACUAAAGGGGAAGCGGAACUGAAUGCGCAGCAGCGGGGCGUACCCUCCGCCCCCCUGGGGACACCGCAAAUCAACGUCGAAAACCUCAUUUCGUGCAAAAAGAGGGACCAGAAGGUGCAGAGCCAAAUCAAGCAGGAAAUAUACAACGACAUGCAAAACGUCGACGGUACGGUCAGAAGUGCAAGCAGCAAAGUGAGGAAGUUGAACGAAGAGCAAAACGGCGAGAACGGCCCAAAUGGCCAUAACAGCCAAAACGGCCAAAGCGGCCAAAACGGCAGAAAGGGCCAAAGCCACGCCGACGAAAGCGGACCGGUAGAAGAAACACUAAUCGAAAAUAGCAAAACGAUAAACAAUGACGAUGUACUCGUGUUGGAAGAGUUCCGCAGUGACGUCAAUUGUAUUCACAAGUGCAUCCGGCCAAGGAGCUACGUCCACAACAAGCUAAGUGAGACUCUCACUCCAGCCAGGACGUACAAAUUUGAAUUAGACACCUUCCAGAAAAAAUCCAUUGAAUGUUUGGAGCGAAACGAAAGCGUCCUCGUGUCAGCACACACGUCCGCCGGAAAAACUGUCAUCGCAGAGUACGCCAUCGCUCUAGGGUUAAGGGACAAGCAAAGAGUUAUCUACACGAGCCCUAUAAAAGCGUUAAGUAAUCAAAAAUACAGAGACCUGAGUGAAGAAUUUAAAGACGUCGGAUUGAUCACAGGAGAUAUUUCCAUAAAUCCUGAUGCUUCCAUCAUCGUCAUGACGACCGAAAUUUUGAGAUCCAUGUUGUACAGAGGCUCUUCCCUAACCAAAGAAGUAAAGUGGGUCAUUUUUGACGAAAUCCAUUACAUGCGAGACAGAGAUAGAGGAGUCAUAUGGGAAGAAACCAUCAUUUUACUACCACUCAUGGUGCGCUUUAUUUUCCUAAGUGCGACCAUCCCAAAUGGGAUUCAGUUCGCAGAAUGGGUAAGCAGCAUCAAAAGUCAAGCUUGUCACAUAGUCUACACAGAUUAUCGACCCACCCCUCUACAGCAUUAUAUCUACCCAACAUCUAGCGAAAGCGUUUUUCUCAUUUGCGAUGAAAAUAAAGAUUUUAAAAAAAAUAAUUUCAUCAAAGCAGUCAAUGCUAUCAAGGAAAAAAAUAACAUGUCAGAAGAUGGUCAGCACCAGAAUGGUAAUAGUAAGCAUAACAGACGGGCAAAAAAAAAUGUGUAUGAUAUUGAAAAAAUUGUACAGAUGUGCCACUCUCGUAAUUACACUCCUCUGAUCAUUUUUGCAUUUUCCAAAAAGGAGUGCGAAAUAAAUGCAACUACCAUGCAUAAAGUGGACCUAACGGACGACACAGAAAAGGAAGUCAUAAAAGAAUUGUACGAAAACGCCAUCCAAAUUUUAGCUGAUGAUGAUAGGGCUUUACCUCAGGUCCAAUUUAUUCUUCCACUCCUCUUAAGAGGAAUAGGAAUUCAUCAUGGUGGCCUACUACCAAUCAUUAAAGAAAUAAUAGAAAUUAUGUUUCAAGAAUCUUUGCUGAAAGUUUUAUUCAGUACAGAAACUUUUUCCAUGGGAAUUAAUAUGCCAGCGAAAACGGUCGUUUUUACAUCCUUGAAAAAAUUUGAUGGAGUAGAAAAACGAUUAAUAACAUCGGGGGAGUAUAUUCAAAUGGCUGGGAGAGCUGGAAGACGUGGAUUAGAUGACAGAGGAAUCGUUAUCAUUAUGUUAGAUAGUCCACUACAUUGGAGAGAGGCGGAAAAAUUAUUCGUCGGGGAAGCCAACAGAUUAGUUAGUCAGUUCCACCUGGGGUACAAUAUGAUUUUAAAUCUACUCAGAAUAGAAGGAAUUACUCCAGAGUUUAUGAUCGAGAGGUCCUUCAUUCAGUACCAAAUGAAGAAAAAUCUCUUCCAGAAAAUUAUGGUCAAAAAAAAAGUUGAAGAAAAAAUUAAAGAAAUUUUUAACCAACUGACUAGUGUCUACCUGGAUAAGGAUAACCAGGAGAUCAGUAAAGAAAAUCUUUUGAAGAAAAUUAUGGAUCAUAAUUAUGAGUGCAUCUCGGGGGAGCGGGGGGAAAUUAGUGCGACUGAAUUGGGGCGCACCCUACAUGGCGGACAAAAUGGAAACGCGAAAGGAGGUGUUGUACCCCCAGGGGUGGAAGCACAAAUAGGUAUCGACGAGAAGGACGUCACCGACGAGAAGGAUGGCACCCACGCCGAACACACCGUCGACGUCGGGAGGAGCGAAACGGUCGCCACGCUCAACGAUGAAAACUUCACCAUAAACGAUCAGCUCAAAAACUACAACACGGUGUUUUCCUGCAUUUCCAAUUACUACAUAUUAAGAAACAAACUGAUCGAGCUGGGCGAAACCUACAGGUCUAUACUGACUGCCAGGAAAAACAUCACCCCCUACUUGGCCAUGGGGAGACUGCUCUACCUGGUGGAGGACGACUUCAGAUGGGGUUGGGCCAUAUGCAUUGAGGGAAAAAUUGUGGAGCGAGCGAUCGGGGGCCGCACCGCCGGGCGCAACAAUGCCACCAGGGGCGCAAAAGGGGCGAAUUCAGCAAAAGGGGCGAAUUCAACAAACGCUUCUAACCCCGCUAACCACGCUAACGAAGCUGAUGGCGGCGUGCUGCUCGUGGACUGCCUAGUGCCCUACAGCCAAAACAGAAAAAGGAAACUGUCCCAAAGUGACAACGAAGAGGAAGAAGACACGCACAAGGAAUUCGAACCAGCUACCGAUAGGAUGAAGGCUAAAUGGAAACUCAUCACCUUUCACGUCAAAUGCAUCUACCAAAUUUCUGCUGUCGUCUUAAACCUAGAUAAACCAUUUGACAAAAAAAAUGAAGAACAAAUUAUGAACGCCAAAAUGAAAUAUAACACCAUGGUGACCUGCCUGAAAGGAGAAAAAAACAUCCCAGUCAUUAACCCACACCAAAUGGAAAUCAAAGAUGAAGGCUUCCUCAAAAUCGUAAAAAAUAUUAACUACCACGAACAUAUGUUAAAUAGAAAUAAAUUACUUAAUAGUCGAAACCUGCAUAAGUAUUACCAACUGUACAACAUGUAUGUCGCUUUGCAAUUCGAGAAGAACCUUUUAGAGGCCAACAUAGAGAAGUGCCGAUUCAUAGUCUUAAAGAAGGAACUCAAAAAUAUGCUCGUCCUUCUGCAAGGCCUGAAUUAUAUCGAAAUUUCUCACUUGGAAGGGGAGGGCGCGCAGAAGGGGACAAGCGCCAAGGAAAUUAAGGGGGAAGAACUCAUGGUGGAAGACAUCAAGGGGGAAGAAGUCAAGGGGGAAGACAUCAAGGGGGAUGAAGUCAAGGGGGAAGACGUCCAACUGGAGAAGGUCCAAUCGGAGGAAGUCAAAGCAGAGCAUCAGACCCACCAGAACGGACGCAGCAGCGGAGGGGACCUCGCCCCGACCGAAGAAACAAGCUACGUCGUGACCAUGAAAGGACAAAUCGCCAGUGCCAUCCUCAGUGUGGACGAAUUAGUCAUUUCGGAGUUAUUCUUCUCCAACUUUUUUAGUAAGUACAACUACGACUACAUAUGUGCCUUUCUCUCCUGCUUUGUCUAUGACGAAUCCUCAAACAAAGAAGUCGCCAUUAACGACCCAGUUCUUGUGGAGGGCUACGAACAGAUAAUCAAAACCGCUACGCACCUUUCCAAUAAAAUGAACGAAUGUGGAAUGAACAUAAAUUUGAAGGACUACCUGGACAAAUUUAAGUCCGCCAUCAUGCCCAUCGUCUUGCAGUGGGUGCGCGGCUACUCCUUUAUGGAAAUUCUCACCGACUCGCAGAUAUACGAGGGGUCCAUCAUACGGACGCUCAGGCGCUUGGACGAACUGCUCAGACAAAUGAUCUGCGCGUUCAGAGGAAUCAACAACGACAGCAUGUGCGAAAUUUUGACAGAGGCAACCAAAAAGCUACGACGCGGUAUCCCCUUCUCCCCUUCUUUGUACCUAUAA